GCGGCGGUGCAUAGCCAAGUCCACGGAUGCCUGUGCCCUUCUUACCCUGAGACCCACAAGCGCUUUCCUCGGUCUGAAGCACCCGCCUUGUCGGGGCCACUUGGGGGCGCGGCCGACGGCAGAGCUCUCCUGUACUGCGCUGGCGCUUAGCCACGCAGAGACCCUUUCGGAUUCUUGAUUCCCACUCCUAAAUCAGCAGCUAGACAGGGACCCCAAGCGAACUCGGCGACUAUCACCAAUGUCAGUUCAGAAUUCUGACUGGUCCCUCCAACAGGACAACCCUAUCUUCGGGGAGCCAGAUCCACCAGUCCACACAGACAGUGACUCAGGCCACCAGCCAGUGGAGGGCUAUGAGGACACCUCUGCUCAGGCUACUACAUGCUCGAGCUUGGGCCCACCUUGCCUGGAUAUCAACCGAGCUUCAAACUGGCCUGGCUUUCGGACUCUCCUGCAGCAGCUUCCUCCACAGGACAGUGAUGAACGCUACUGUCUGGCCCUAGGGGAGGAGGAACUGGCCCAACUUCGACUCUUCUGUACCCAGCGGAAGCAGAAAUCCCUGGGACAGGGCGUGGCCCGUCUCCUGCCUCCCAAGCUUGAAGGAUACACCUGUAAGAAGUGCAAGAAGCUACUGGACCCAGGGGAGUAUGGAGUGUUCGCGGCCAGGGCUGGUGAGCAGAGCUGCUGGCACAGACCCUGCUUUGCUUGCCAGACCUGUGGCCAGGGCCUCAUAAACCUCAUCUACUUCUAUCACGAGGGGCACCUGUACUGUGGCCGUCAUCAUGCGGAGCUCUUCCGACCUCGAUGCCCAGCUUGUGACCAGCUGAUCUUCUCCCAGCGCUGCACUGAGGCAGAGGGACGGCGCUGGCACGAGAACCACUUCUGCUGCCAAGACUGCGCAGGGCCCCUGGAUGGGGGACGUUAUGCCCUGCCGGGGGGUAGCCCAUGCUGCCCCAGCUGCUUCGCGAGACGCUACAGAAGUGCGGGCUCUAGCUCAGUAGGGGUAGCGGAAGGACAAGCGUCCCUUGGGGACGAAGAACCUGAUCCAAGCAUCGGCUGGAACCGUGCCUCCUCGGAUGACAAGAUAACCUCCCGAGCUGCGCGUCCCUCUGCAGUUACCAGUCUCACCCUGGAAACCCCGAGUGGGGCGUCCAAACGGCAGGAUAGAGACGGCCCGCAGAUACCCGGGGAUCCCAUAGAGGACAGCCCCUGCCCCACCUGCUCCUCUUCCUCUGAGUCGGAACCCGAAGGUUUUUUCUUUGGCCAGCGCCUUCCAGAUCCCUGGAAGACCCCCGAAAACCUCCAAACAGAUGACAGAGACAUCUCCAGGAAGCACUGCACCAUUUGUUAGUGACGCGGCUUG